AUGGAGUCGGACCAGGCCCGCCGGCUGCUGGCCAAGUACGUGCCCGAGAUACGACUGCACAGCCGGGAGCGCUACUUCCCCACCAACGCGGAGACCUUCCUGGACGUCGCCGGGCUGCUGAAGCUCACCCCACGCCGCAAGCCAGAGAGCGGCGGGCCGCCGAUGCGCGAGGCGCUGUUCGAAUCGGGCGAGCUGAACCGCGAGAACCUAAUGGCCGCGGCGACAGGAGCGGCCGAGGCGCCCCAGGGCGACAAACACGAGCUGCAGCUGGUGCUGCACGAGCGCCAUCGCACCAGAGCGGCCCUGGAGGCGCUGCCAGAUGUGCCUAUCUACGGCCACGUGAGGGAGGUCAGGCUGCUCGACGAGAAUGGGGAACCGCGGGGGGAGCUGGUGGCUCUGGAGGUCGUGUACGCGUUCUUCUUCAUGUUCAACGGCAACCUGAGGGCGGCCAAGGUGGUGCCGGUGGGGUCCCACACCGCGGACUGGGAGCACCUGACCAUGCGGCUGGACCCGACGGGGGAACACCUGCAAGGUAUUUACUACAGUGCGCAUCGGACCAUUGAUGGCGACUGGGUGCCAGCAUCCAAGAUACCCAUGAGCAAAGGCAGGCCAGUCGCCUACUGUGCACUUAAUGGGCAUGGGUGCUUUCCCAAGCCAGGGAUCCAGCCCCGGAUAUUCUUCCUUGUCAAUGACCGCUGCGACGGCAAAGGGCCAGUCUGGAGGCCCCAAAAGGUUGUCCUGCUGGGCAGUCUGCCUCCCAAAGCGGAUCCUGUGGCCUCUCGUGGAUCUGCCCUGCCCAAGAAUCAGCGGCUGGCUGCGGCCAGGGGGUCGACCGAUGAUACCGAUGAGGCUGUUGAGAUUGACGAGAACGUGCCAUAUUGGGUGGACUUCGACGAAUGGUGGGGAACCGUCAGGAACCCCUGUCAUCAAAAAUGGUUCAAAAAAGCGGAGAACCCAGUCUCGCGGGGGUGGUUCCGGAGGGUGUUCUUCCCCACGUGCUUUGAUCCACCAGAAGCGAUUUGA